AGUCUAGUUCAAAGUUUUCUAUCUAGGAGACUGAAAAAUGUCGACGACAACCGCAAGUCCGGACCUGGCCGCUCCCAGCGCCCUCUUGUCGGCCAGCAGCGUUUUCUACUUCCUGCUGAUCCCAGCCGCCAUCUUAUGGUACGCUUACUGGAAAAUAUCCAGAAGCCACAUGUUGGAGUUGGCAAAUAAGAUUCCCGGACCACCAGGCCUACCAAUUUUAGGAAAUGCCCUGCAGUUGCUCGGAUCUAGCCCACAAAUCUUCAAGAGAGUCUAUGAACUUUCCUACGAUUAUGGAAACACCGUCAAGAUGUGGGCUGGACCCAAACUGAUCAUCUUCUUGAUUGAUCCCAGCGAUGUCGAAAUCAUCCUCAGCAGCCACGUACAUAUCGACAAAGCCAGUGAAUACAGAUUCUUCAAGCCAUGGUUGGGAGAUGGUCUGCUGAUCUCCACUGGCCAGAAAUGGCGUGCUCACAGGAAACUGAUCGCCCCCACUUUCCACUUGAACGUUCUCAAAUCCUUCAUCGAUCUAUUCAACGCCAACUCUCGCGAAGUAGUCCAAAAGCUCAAGAAAGAAGUCGGCAAAGAAUUCGAUUGUCACGAUUACAUGUCUGAAGCCACCGUAGAAAUCCUGUUGGAAACUGCCAUGGGUGUCAGCAAGAAGACUCAGGACCAGAGUGGGUACGAUUACGCGAAAGCAGUCAUGGACAUGUGCGAUAUCCUCCAUUUGCGUCACACCAAGAUCUGGCUCAGGCCAGACAUCAUCUUCAACUUCACCAAGUACGCGAAGGUCCAGGAAGGACUCAUUAAUGUUAUCCACAGCCUGACCAGGAAGGUCAUCAAGAGGAAGAGGGCAGAUUUUGAGAAAGGUAUCAGAGGAUCAACAGCUGAAGUACCAGAAGAAGCAAAGACCAACUCCGUUGGAUCCGUAGCCUCGAAGACAGUAGUCGAAGGACUCUCCUACGGCCAAUCUGUAGGUCUUACAGACGACUUGGACGUUGAUGAUGACAUUGGUGAGAAGAAGAGGAUGGCUUUCUUGGACCUGAUGAUCGAAGCUUCACAAAAUGGAGUUGUAAUCAACGACGAAGAAAUCAAAGAACAAGUAGAUACCAUCAUGUUUGAAGGUCACGAUACCACAGCUGCCGGUAGCAGUUUCUUCCUGUCCAUGAUGGGUAUCCACCAGGAUAUUCAGGAUAAGGUUAUCCAGGAAAUCGAUGAGAUAUUCGGUGACUCCGACAGACCUGCCACGUUCGCUGACACUCUGGAGAUGAAAUACCUCGAAAGGUGUAUGAUGGAGACCCUUAGGAUGUACCCACCAGUACCAAUUAUCGCUAGACAGUUGAGACAAGACGUUAAACUUGUUUCUGGAGACUACACUCUUCCAGCUGGUGCUACCAUCGUUAUUGGAACUUUCAAGAUCCACCGUCUUCCUGACAUCUACCCUAAUCCAGACAAAUUCGACCCUGACAACUUCCUACCCGAACGUACAGCCAACAGACACUAUUACUCCUUCAUCCCAUUUUCUGCUGGACCCAGGAGUUGUGUCGGUCGUAAAUACGCUAUGCUGAAGCUGAAGAUUCUCCUUUCCACCAUCUUGAGAAAUUACCGCGUAAGGUCUGAUAUUCAAGAGAAAGACUUCCAACUCCAGGCUGAUAUUAUCCUCAAGAGGGCAGAAGGUUUCAAAAUAAAGCUGGAGCCCAGGAAGAGGUUAGCGGCAGCUAUGUAAUUUAUAAUUCCUUAUUAUUCAAUAGCGAAGUCAGAUAUUUAUAGUAGAAUAGUAUUUUGUAAAAUAAUGUAUAAAUAAUCUAUAUUUAGCAAUUAUGGACAAGAUUCAUUG